AUGCCUGCGAUGGACAUUUCAACAUUUCCAUCAUGCCUUUCUUGUACAGCUGGAUUUUAUUGUCCAAAUCGUGGAAUGACGGCUCCAAUUUCGUGUGGACCUGGGAAAUUCUCAGGUUUUGGAUAUUCUGUCUGUGACCAAUGUCCAGCGGGACACUUUUGUCCCACAGCACAGAACAAUACGUACGCGAAUGUCAUGGAAUUCUUCGUCUGUGACGCUGGUUUAUAUUGUCCACCGGGAAUGUCCUUUGUUCCUGAACCUUUGUCUUCUAGUUGUUCUCCUGCCUACUACUGUCCGAGAGGAACGCCUGAAAUGGUCCCAUGCCCUUCAGGGACUUACAAUCCCCGCAACGGGUCAAGCUCCAUCCAAGAUUGCCUUGCAUGUCCGGGGGGAUACUGGUGCUCACAGAAUACGUCUACAUUUGUCAACAACCUUUGUGCACCAGGAUACUAUUGCCCGGCGGGAUCCAAGACGCCGUUCUCUGUGCCUUGCCCAGCAGGAACCUACAGAUCAGAGAGUUUUGGAAAAAAUGAGUCAGACUGCGCUGAAUGUGUAGAAGGAUACUACUGCCCUCCGGCGAGUAAACGUGGAUUAGUUUGCCCUGCUGGAUCAUACUGUCCAAAUGGAGUGGGAGAACCAAUAAAAUGUCCUGCUGGUUACUUCAGGAGCUCAGUAGGAGGGCUUGCACUUGCAGAUUGUGCAUAUUGUGAACCUGGAUACUUCUGCGAUCAACCAGGGUUGAUUCAGCCUUCUGGAUUAUGUCAACCAGGAUAUUUUUGCACUUACGGACAAUACACGUCAGCCCCCGAGAACGGAGUGUGCUUCGCAGGACAUUAUUGUCCGGAAGGCACAAGAUCUCCUGUUCCUUGUCCUCCUGGCACUUACAAUCCACUCAAUGGAUCCAAAACAACAUUAGACUGUUUGCCAUGCCCACCGGGGAAAUCAUGUCCGACCUUUGGGAUUGUUCAGCCACCAGAAGCGUGCAGCCCUGGUUUUUACUGCACCCUUGCAUCACGAUCCUCCUCUCCAUCGAACUCGUCGAAUGGAGGUCUUUGUCCAGCUGGGACCUAUUGUCCAGCUGGAGCAUUUAAACCGAAGCCCUGCGAUCCGGGCUUCUUCGCACCAGUCCCAGCCUUGAGCUCGUGCCAACGCUGUCCAGCGGGAUUCUUUUGCUUCAAUCUGUCUACCAUUCUUCCACAAAUAUGCCCCGCAGGUCACUACUGCCCCGAAACCUCUUCUUCUCCUAUUCAAUGUCCGCCUGGUUCAUAUAGCAAUUUGACUGGACUGAGGAAUAUAUCUGAGUGCAUCCCAUGUCCCAAGGGUAAAUAUUGCUUCAGACAGGGAUUGCACUCUCCCACGGGAGAUUGCUUUGCUGGUCACCUGUGUCUUCAGGGAGCGAUCUUCCCUAACGAGACCGUCAAUGCCUCUGCUCUCUUCGGCCAGCGGCUCUCUUUCCCUUGUCCGCCCGGCUACUUCUGCACCACGGGAACGACAGCGCCGACGCCAUGUCCUCCCGGUACUUUCUGUCAAGGCAGCAACAGCCAGCCCGAUCCUUGCGCCGCAGGGACGUUCAAUCGUAACUUCACUGCUACCAGCUGCAGCCAGUGUGCCGCGGGAUACAUUUGUAGCCCAGGCGGAGUAGCAGACUACGUGGCAGGGACGUACUACGCGGCUCCCUCGUUGUAUGCCUGCGCGAAUGAGAGCGGCGGCGCGGUAGCAUGGACACAAGAGACAGCAACUAAUGGGACAUACGUGGCUGGAGACGUCGUGACAGAUGUAGACGGUAACGCGUAUGUGAGCGGAACCGUGUCAAGGGCGAGCGAGGGAGUCUAUGAGGUGGUUCUGACCAAGUAUAGUACAGCUGGGAGAGAAGUAUGGACGAGUGUGCUGAGCUCGGAGAGCUCUCCGGCAUCAGCCCAAGGGAUGGCAGUCGCAAGCGCGGGGUCUCUGUACGUAGGGAUCAAUCGGGAGGGGGGAUGGUCGGUGUUGAAGGUGAGCAGCUGCGGGCAGCAAGAAUGGAGAGUGGACGAUGCAGACUCUCUCGAGGACCAGGCGCGGCUCGGGCUGGCGGUGGGAAGCGACGUAGUACUAGUCGCUUGGACCAACGUCUCUGGAAGUACCACUGUCCGGCAGUACACGAUGGAGGGGAAGCUGGCGUGGGAGAGGGUCAUGAUAGCGGGAGCCGCAGGGGCGAAGGUCAUAGCGACAGGGCUUGGGGCUGACGCAGCGGGGGGCGGCUUCAUGGUGGGGAUGUACGAGGGACAGUUUGCAGGGCAAUAUGCCGAGGGGGGAUGGGAUGGGUUUCUGCUUAGAUUUGACGUCGACGGACAACAAGGUUGGAACAGCACCGAUAACGUCAGUGCUGCCCAAGACUCAUGCACAGUGGGUAUUCGCAGGACUAUCUCAUCCCCUGUGUCCGGCGCAAGCGAUGUGUUUGUCAUCAGGUAUGGAGCGGAUGGAAACACGACCUGGUCCAAGGCGAUUGGUACUUGCGGAAAUGAUAGACCUGUAGGGUUAGCGGUUGACAGCUUCGGCGGCAUCUACCUACUCGGCCAGUCGCCUGCGGACGCGAGCCGAGGUGGGCCUAUAGGCUUCAGCGUCAAGCUGAGCCGGGGCGGGGACCUACUAUGGAAGCAGACUUGGGGACAAUCAGCUGAGUCUGCGGGAGGAGGCAUCUCCGUAGGCAGCGGUCUGGUCAUAGCCGCCAUGGACAGCUACAACUCAAGCUCCGGCUCCAGGUACUCCAACGUCACGGCGUACCUGUCUAAUCCGGCUUGCUAUGGGCUGAGCGAAGGAGGAAAUUUCGUUUGCCCCCCCGGUCAUUUCUGUGUGGAGGGUCUCAAGUCUCUUGCGGAAGGAGCCUGUCCCCCCGGAACGUACAGCAACCGCUCGGGUCUUGCAAGCUUCUCUGAGUGCGAGAGCUGCUUGCCAGGCAUGUAUUGCAGCGAGUGGGGGUUGACAGCGCCUACAGGACCUUGCGCAGCAGGUUUCUACUGUACAAGCGGAGCAGCAGAUCCCAACGCCAGCAUGUGCGACCCCCGCAGCGUCUCGAGCGUGCUCACAUGUGCGACAUCGCUGCUCUACAAGGAGUGCUCGCCCAACCUGACCUGUGGAGGAAUAUGUCCCGCAGGGUACUUUUGUCCUGUAGGCUCCCCUACACCCACGGCAUGCACUCCGGGCUAUUAUUGCGACAAAGACGGGCAGGGCAUUGUUUCAGGGCCUUGCUCUUCGGGCUACUUUUGUGGCUAUAGCUCUGGAGGAGCAGGAGCUAGCACACCGACGCCGGACUCUGCGGACAGUCGGGGGCCUUGUCCUGUCGGAUACUACUGUCCCGAAGGAACUGUAUAUCCGAUCCCAUGUCCCAAGGGCACUUUCAGGCCGUACUUGAAAGGGCAGGCCAACAGCUCAUGCCUGGCAUGUACGCCAGGAUUCUACUGUCCCGUCCAAGGUCUCUCCAACGUGUCUGGGUAUCCAUGCAGCGGGGGCUUCUACUGUCCUGGAGGUCAGUCGACCGGGACGCCAUCCGGGUAUCAGUGCCCAGUUGGUCACGAAUGUCCCGAGGGGAGCAAGAGUCCCAAGACUUGUCCUCCGGCUUACUACCAGAACGACGUCGGGCAGUCCGCCUGCAAAGUGUGCGAGGCGGGCUACUACUGCACGGGGAGCCCCGACCUGAACAGCGGCAGCGGGGCAGUGAUCUGUCCGACUGGAUACUACUGCCCUGCGGGGUCCGCCGAGAAGCUGUCGUGUAGUCCUGGGACCUACAUGCCCAGGACGGGCGAGUCCGCGUGCUGGAGCUGCCCAGCUCAGUCCACGUGUCCCGAAGAAGGCAUGAGCAGUCCAUUGCCAUGCCCCGCAGGUCACUACUGCCCCGAGAAUAACUCCUUGCCCGUACCAUGCCCGGAAGGCUCCUUCAGCGCUGAUCAAAACCUCGCCUCUGCUGGCGAGUGUACAGCCUGUCUUCCGGGCAAGUACUGCGGCACAUCAGGGCUCCGGUCGCCCACGGGAGAUUGCUUUGCUGGUCACCUGUGUCUUCAGGGAGCGAUCUUCCCUAACGAGACCGUCAAUGCCUCUGCUCUCUUCGGCCAGCGGCUCUCUUUCCCUUGUCCGCCCGGCUACUUCUGCACCACGGGAACGACAGCGCCGACGCCAUGUCCUCCCGGUACUUUCUGUCAAGGCAGCAACAGCCAGCCCGAUCCUUGCGCCGCAGGGACGUUCAAUCGUAACUUCACUGCUACCAGCUGCAGCCAGUGUGCCGCGGGAUACAUUUGUAGCCCAGGCGGAGUAGCAGACUACGUGGCAGGGACGUACUACGCGGCUCCCUCGUUGUAUGCCUGCGCGAAUGAGAGCGGCGGCGCGGUAGCAUGGACACAAGAGACAGCAACUAAUGGGACAUACGUGGCUGGAGACGUCGUGACAGAUGUAGACGGUAACGCGUAUGUGAGCGGAACCGUGUCAAGGGCGAGCGAGGGAGUCUAUGAGGUGGUUCUGACCAAGUAUAGUACAGCUGGGAGAGAAGUAUGGACGAGUGUGCUGAGCUCGGAGAGCUCUCCGGCAUCAGCCCAAGGGAUGGCAGUCGCAAGCGCGGGGUCUCUGUACGUAGGGAUCAAUCGGGAGGGGGGAUGGUCGGUGUUGAAGGUGAGCAGCUGCGGGCAGCAAGAAUGGAGAGUGGACGAUGCAGACUCUCUCGAGGACCAGGCGCGGCUCGGGCUGGCGGUGGGAAGCGACGUAGUACUAGUCGCUUGGACCAACGUCUCUGGAAGUACCACUGUCCGGCAGUACACGAUGGAGGGGAAGCUGGCGUGGGAGAGGGUCAUGAUAGCGGGAGCCGCAGGGGCGAAGGUCAUAGCGACAGGGCUUGGGGCUGACGCAGCGGGGGGCGGCUUCAUGGUGGGGAUGUACGAGGGACAGUUUGCAGGGCAAUAUGCCGAGGGGGGAUGGGAUGGGUUUCUGCUUAGAUUUGGCGUCGACGGACAACAAGUGGCGUUGGAGUGGAGGUCGCGGCUGGCUGGCUGGUUGUGUAUGGUAGAGCUUGGAGCUUGCAGAACAGCACCGAUAACGUCAGUGCUGCCCAAGAAUCUAACAAUAACAACAACCUCCAGUUUGAACGAAAACUCAAGCUUGUCCAGGAUUUUUCUUUUGAAAUUUGAUCAUGAAAUGGUAAGCCAAACACAGAUAUUCCUUGGGUCGAAUCGAAAUCUUCAUAGUAAAGGAAUAACUUUGGACAGCUUCGGCGGCAUCUACCUACUCGGCCAGUCGCCUGCGGACGCGAGCCGAGGUGGGCCUAUAGGCUUCAGCGUCAAGCUGAGCCGGGGCGGGGACCUACUAUGGAAGCAGACUUGGGGACAAUCAGCUGAGUCUGCGGGAGGAGGCAUCUCCGUAGGCAGCGGUCUGGUCAUAGCCGCCAUGGACAGCUACAACUCAAGCUCCGGCUCCAGGUACUCCAACGUCACGGCGUACCUGUCUAAUCCGGCUUGCUAUGGGCUGAGCGAAGGAGGAAAUUUCGUUUGCCCCCCCGGUCAUUUCUGUGUGGAGGGUCUCAAGUCUCUUGCGGAAGGAGCCUGUCCCCCCGGAACGUACAGCAACCGCUCGGGUCUUGCAAGCUUCUCUGAGUGCGAGAGCUGCUUGCCAGGCAUGUAUUGCAGCGAGUGGGGGUUGACAGCGCCUACAGGACCUUGCGCAGCAGGUUUCUACUGUACAAGCGGAGCAGCAGAUCCCAACGCCAGCAUGUGCGACCCCCGCAGCGUCUCGAGCGUGCUCACAUGUGCGACAUCGCUGCUCUACAAGGAGUGCUCGCCCAACCUGACCUGUGGAGGAAUAUGUCCCGCAGGGUACUUUUGUCCUGUAGGCUCCCCUACACCCACGGCAUGCACUCCGGGCUAUUAUUGCGACAAAGACGGGCAGGGCAUUGUUUCAGGGCCUUGCUCUUCGGGCUACUUUUGUGGCUAUAGCUCUGGAGGAGCAGGAGCUAGCACACCGACGCCGGACUCUGCGGACAGUCGGGGGCCUUGUCCUGUCGGAUACUACUGUCCCGAAGGAACUGUAUAUCCGAUCCCAUGUCCCAAGGGCACUUUCAGGCCGUACUUGAAAGGGCAGGCCAACAGCUCGUGCCUGGCAUGUACGCCAGGAUUCUACUGUCCCGUCCAAGGUCUCUCCAACGUGUCUGGGUAUCCAUGCAGCGGGGGCUUCUACUGUCCUGGAGGUCAGUCGACCGGGACGCCAUCCGGGUAUCAGUGCCCAGUUGGUCACGAAUGUCCCGAGGGGAGCAAGAGUCCCAAGACUUGUCCUCCGGCUUACUACCAGAACGACGUCGGGCAGUCCGCCUGCAAAGUGUGCGAGGCGGGCUACUACUGCACGGGGAGCCCCGACCUGAACAGCGGCAGCGGGGCAGUGAUCUGUCCGACUGGAUACUACUGCCCUGCGGGGUCUGCCGAGAAGCUGUCGUGUAGUCCUGGGACCUACAUGCCCAGGACGGGCGAGUCCGCGUGCUGGAGCUGCCCAGCUCAGUCCACGUGUCCCGAAGAAGGCAUGAGCAGUCCAUUGCCAUGCCCCGCAGGUCACUACUGCCCCGAGAAUAACUCCUUGCCCGUACCAUGCCCGGAAGGCUCCUUCAGCGCUGAUCAAAACCUCGCCUCUGCUGGCGAGUGUACAGCCUGUCUUCCGGGCAAGUACUGCGGCACAUCAGGGCUCCGGUCGCUAUUUCUGUCCAUCCCCUGGCUCAGUUGUAGGAAACGUUUCGCUCUGUCCGGUGGGAAGUUAUUGUCCUGCUGGUAG